AUGGCAACGAAGAAGAAUCUUCGUGCUCCUUCUGCUCCUCCUGCUCCUGCCUCGCGGGCCGAGGCCCACACCAAGAAGACCGCCGGGGCAUGCGCUGCAUGCCGCAAGUCCAAGAAGCGGUGCAGGCACCGUCCGUCGCCCUCGCCUGCGCCCUCCUCGUCUGCCGUUCCUGCUGGCCCUGCCUCCUCGUCUGCCGUUCUCUCCGGCUCGGCCCUGGGCACCACCCAGGGCCGACGCGCAAAGUCGACGCGUGUGCGCUCUGCCUCCGUCGCCGCCGCUGGCCCCAGCGGCGAACGCCCGUCUAAGCGGGCUCGACCCUUGGAGCGUCCAGCUCCUACUUCCACCGACCCGGUCGUGGAAGCCGCCACGUUGUCCGUCAACGUGGUCUUCGCCAAGGAGCUGGCGAAGAGACUGGCCGAGUUCGAGGCCAGUUUUGAGGCCUCUAUGGCUGCCCACAAGGCAGUCAUGGAAGCUGGUCGCGCCGUCCGUGAGACGGUGAAGAGUUGGAAGGGGACGUGGUCUGCCGCGUCGGUGCUUCCUGUGGCGGAGGAGGCCACAGAGGAGAGAAAUGGGGAUGAUUGA